AUGGACGAGCAGGCCCUCCUGGGGCUCAACCCUAAUGCUGAUGCCCGCUACCGGCAGAGGGCUAUGGCAUAUUUUGAGCAGCUCAAGGAGUCUCAGGAUGCUUGGGAAGUUUGUGCAGAAGCCCUGGCAAAAGGCAUUUAUAAUGACGACCACGUGAAGUUUUUCUGUUUUCAAGUGUUGGAACAUCAGAUUAAGUUCAGGCAUGCAGGUCUGAGUGCUCCUCAACAGCAGCUCAUCAGAGAGUGUCUGAUGAAGUGGCUCCAGUGUCAGUUAAUCAGCCCUCAGCCUGAGAAAUCCUUCAUCAGAAAUAAGGCUGCUCAAGUCCUGGCCCUCACUUUUGUCAUGGAGUAUCUAACUCUGUGGCCUAAAUUCUUCUUUGACAUUCUGUCACUUGUCGGUUCAAAUCCUCACGGCGUCGACAUUUACCUGCGAACACUCAUGGCUAUUGAUGCAGAGGUGGUCGACCGCGACAUCAUGCACUCCCCUGAGGAGACGCGCCGGAAUACUUUAAUCAAAGAUUCUAUGCGUGAGCAGUGCAUCCCCCAUUUGGUGGAGUCGUGGUUCCAGAUCCUGCAGACGUACCAGCAGUCGCACCCAGAGCUCACAUGUCUGUGCUUGGAGGUUGUGGGGGCUUAUGUAUCCUGGAUCGACCUCAACCUCAUCGCUAAUGAUCGAUUUGUCAAUUUGCUGCUGAGUCAAAUGUCCAUGGACGAGCUGCGAGAGGAAGCCUGUGACUGCCUGUUUGAAAUAGUUAACAAAGGAAUGGAUCCUGUGGACAAAACCAAACUGGUGGAGUCCUUGUGCCAAGUAUUGCAGACGGCGGGCUUCUUCAAUGUGGAUCAAGAGGAGGAUGUAGAUUUUUUGGCAAAGUUUUCUCGGUUGAUAAAUGGUAUGGGCUUGAGUUUGGUUCAGAGUUGGACCAAGUUGGCAAAAGCUGGAAGUGUAAAAGAGGCAACGGACACACUUCAGGCUUUGGAGGCCAAAGUGCCGCUGCUGUUGCAACUGUUGGUGCAUGAGGAUGAUGAUAUUUCUGCAAACAUGGUGGGCUUCUGCUACGACUACCUGCAUGUCCUUAAACAGCUUCCUCAGUUGACAGAUCAACAGAAGACAAACAUUGAGGCAUUAAUGCUUGCUGUUAUGAAAAAAUUAACCUAUGACGAUGAGUAUAACUUUGAGAAUGAAGGUGAAGAUGAAGCAAUGUUUGUGGAGUACCGGAAACAGCUGAAGAUGCUUUUGGACCGUUUGGCUCAGGUUUCCCCUGAACUGCUGUUAGAGGCAGUUCGUCGAGUCUUCACCAACACCAUGCAAAAUUGGCAGUCGUCACCGUUCAUGGAGGUGGAAGUGGCGAUAAGGCUGGUUUACAUGCUCGGAGAGGCGCUGCCUGCCUCUCAUGGUGCACAUUUCUCUGGGGACACGGCUAAAACCAAUGCCCUUCAGGAUAUGAUGCGAACACUGGUGUCUUGUGGCGUGAGCAGUUAUCAGCACAGCUCAGUGGCUUUAGAGUUUUUUGAGACUGUGGUGCGAUAUGAUAAAUUCUUCCUUGUUGAGCCUCAGCACAUUCCUAAUGUUUUGAUGGCAUUUCUUGAUCAAAGAGGACUGAGGCACAAUAGCCCCAAAGUCCGCAGUCGAGUGGCUUACCUCUUUUCCCGUUUCAUCAAAACGUUGCAUAAACACAUGAAUGCCUUCAUUGAGGACAUUUUGACCAGAAUCCAAGACCUGCUUGCUCUUGCUCCUCCUGAAAAUGGAUUUCCAGCACUUUUGACAAGUGAUGAUCAGCUGUUUAUGUUUGAAACGGCUGGCAUUCUGAUUGUCAAUGGUGAAAGUCCAGUGGAGAGAAAACAAGCAAUGAUGCGGAGCCUGCUGACGCCGCUGAUGGAAGCUUUUGGACUGCUUCUUGCCAAACUCUUGCAGGAAACUGAGGAGGAGAGUCAAGUCGCCCUGGCAGACCUCCUUAGCCAUGCUGUAGGCUUUGCUAGUCGCACCAGUAAGGCCUUUAGUAACAAACAGACGGUGAAGCAGUGCGGUUGCACUGAGGUCUACAGAGACUGUCUCCAGACAUUUCUUCCUGCCCUGAGCUGCCCUGUGCAAAAAGGCGUACUCCGCAGCUCCGUCCGCUCCUUUCUCCAUCGAAUGAUCAUCUGCCUGGAAGAGGAGGUGCUGCCUUUCGUUCCAUCAGCCUCUGAACAUAUGCUCAAAGACUGUGAGGCGAAGGAUCUACAGGAGUUCAUCCCACUUAUUAGCCAAAUCACUGCAAAGUUUAAGAGGCACGUCUCACCUUUCCUACAGCAGAUCUUUAUGCCACUUGUACUCGCCAUAUUCGAGGUGUUAGCACGACCAGCAGAAGACAAUGACCAAACUGCUGCCUUGGAGAAGCAGAUGCUGAGGAGAAGCUACUUCAGCUUCAUUCAGACCGUAACGGGGAGUGGAAUGAACGAGGUGAUGGCUAAUCAGGGUGCAGAGAAUAUUGAGCAGGUUGUAUUCACAAUCAUCCAGGGGGCUGUUGACUUCCCUGACCCCAUUGCUCAAAAAACAUGCUUCAUCAUCCUCUCCAAAUUAGUGGAGCUUUGGGGAGGCAAAGACUGCAUGGUGGGGUUCCCUGACUUCAUCUACAAAAACAUAGUUCCUGCUUGUUUCAUGGCUCCUCUGAAACAGACAUUUGACCUCUCUGAUGCGCAGACUGUGCUCACUCUUUCGGAGUGCGCAGUUACACUGAAAAUGAUUCAUCUCAAACGGGGACCAGAGUUUAUCCAGUUCCUUCAACAGGAGUAUUUGCCGUCUCUUCAAGUGUCGCCAGAAAUAUCACAGGAAUUGUGCCAUGUGUUACAAGAGCCAGAUGUUAAAGUUUUGAAAACUUACUUAAAGGCCUUUUUUCAGCAAGCCAGGCUUUAG